AAAUAAGUUAGAGACAACAAUCUUCGUCCAUGCCCGACAUAACACCGAGAAUAGAGAACGACUCACUGGCUUUUGUUCCAUGGGAAGUGGCCGAUAGCCUUGAAGCUGUCCACCAACUCCAUCCAUGCAAUGGAGCUCCAAUGCUGGUCACCGGAUUUCGGACUUCCCUCCUGGCAUCCCCCUUGUUUAGCUCUGCAAACCUAUUUGAGUUUCGCCGGAUGUCCCGUCAGCUUCACCGCCCUGAACAAUCCCUUCUGGGCCGGACAAUCCGACCUGCCCGUCUUUAAGCAUCGCCAAAUCCGAUACCAUGAUUUUGAAACCAUCCGACUCUAUUUGGAAAGCUGCAAAUAUAGCACCGACUACGGCCUGGCCCCCAAAGACAAAGCCGAGUUGACGGCGUACCGCGAUCUAGUGGAGCAUGCUCUUCGCCCGGCCUUCGAAUUGGCCGUGUGGGUCGAUCCUCGCAAUUACACGGGCUUGACUCGGCCGUGGUAUGCUCAGCAGCUCGGCAUACCCUGGUCCUAUUACUAUCCGGGUCAGUACCACCGGCGGGCGCUUGGCCUGAUUCAAAGCGUGUCUGGCGUGGAUGAGGCUGAUCCCGAGGUGGAGGCUGAGAUGGCUUAUCUCGAGAGUAUCAUUUACAAACGAGCCGCCGAAUGCUUGGACGUGUUGUCUCAACGCCUCGGCGACCAGGUCUAUCUUUUGGGGGCGGCCCCCACCAGCUUGGACGCAUUAUUGUAUUCGCUCUUGGCGCCGGGCCUCAAGGUGCCUCUGCCACAUCCCACAUUGACCCAUUUGAUACGCGAACGAGCUAAUCUUGAACAAUACGUGACCCGCAUAACGCACAAGUUUUUCGCUCGCUAUCAGAAGCAUCCCCCUACAUCGCCCGAAUCAUCAUCCGGACCUCGAGAAUCAGGUGGCUCCUCCUCGUCCGAGGGUAAAGAGAACACGGGUCAACCCACCGAUUCGUCUCAGCCUCCGGCUAAUACCGUCUCCUAUUCCGGAUGGAGCAAUUGGGUGGCUGUCUCCGUGGCCGUGGUGGCCAUGUCGGCCUACGGGCGGUAUUCGGGCAUUUUUUCGCAUUUCUCCGCCUUGGCUUCCCGCUUAGUCGUCACAUCAGGUCCGGAUUAUUGAUGUUUUGAUCCGUCAUGCUUCCCCCAUCGCCAUUACUACAAGAUCUACGUACUUGGCCUUAUUGGUCGUGGGCUUAGAGACUGGCCAAAUAUAUCUGCCCGUUUGCCAGGCAAUCCGCCGAACACGAGUCACUCGAUCCCUCAAUUAAAGCCUGUGAUUGUCAUUUCUUACAG